GGCAGGGAAAGGUGCUCGCUUCCAGCUUUCGCUUUUCCCGCCGCUUCCUGCGGAGCCGCCGGGAGCCAACCAGGUAACGGCGCGCGCCCUCCUCCUCACCGCCCUCUGGUACCGGGCGCUGCGCUGCAGCGCGGCCGGCAGUGGGGAGCCCCCCGCCGCCGGGGCUCGGCCCCGCUGAGCGGCCGGGCUCGCGGCGGGACGCUGGCCGUUUGUCGGGCGUUUGAUAUGGCCGGGAGGCGCGGGGAGCUCCGCUUGUGGGGUGAGGGCGCGGCGCCGGUACCGUACUGCUGGGUCAGGGGGUGAGGAAGAGCUCCGGGAGAGGCGUGCGUUCCCGUCAGCCCGGUACCUGUGAGGGGCAGCAGGAGGAGGGGAGCGCGGCCCGGACGUUUUUGAGGGAGAAAAGGAUGUUUAUUGAAGUAUCUGCGGUUGGAGGUAGGGAAAUAAGAGCAUACGAGCCAUUCCCAAUGUCACUAGGCCAUCGGUUCCGUAGGGGAGCACUGUACGAUGGCAGCACGCAAAGCGGAGCGUUUCAGCCACGAAGAUGUGAGCAGAGUGCCGUCCAACUUGAGCUGAAGAGCUAUAGGCAUUGCUGACUUGGAAAGGCAUACACCUGUCUUCAGAAACAGCUUCCUAACUAUGCUGCUUAAAACUUAAAGUGUGAGAGUGCGCCAGUUCUGCAAACAAAUCAACUAAGUUGAGAGCAGAAAAACCAAGAUGAAUGCGUCUGGGGGAACUUGUGGGAGCCCUAGUUCUGCAGAGCCUGCUGGAGAUUUCUUCAAGGAACUGUGGUCCAAACUGAAGGAAUGUCACGAUAAAGAAGUGCAAGGCUUGCAACUGAAAAUAUCCAAACUGAAAAAGGAAAGAUGCUUGGAUGCGGAGAGGCUUGAAGAGUUUUACACCAAGAACCAACAGCUCAGAGAGCAGCAAAAAGCGCUUCAUGACACAAUCAAGGUUCUAGAAGACAGGUUAAGAGCGGGAUUAUGUGAUCGUUGUGCUGUAACUGAAGAACACAUGAGAAAGAAACAGCUAGAGUUUGAGAACAUCCGACAGCAGAAUCUUAAACUCAUCACUGAGCUUAUGAAUGAGAAAAACAGCUUACAGGAUGAAAAUAAAAAGAUAUCUGAACAGUUCCAGCAACUGCAGAAGGAAUUGGAGUUCAUAAGACCACCUAAUUUGGUCUGCAGGGAGCAAAAGCAACAAGCACUGGAUGUAGAAGAAGGUGUCAUUCCAGAUUCUCCAGUUCUUACUUCUUCAUUUUCUAUGGUUAAUCGUAUGAGGAGGAAAAAGGAGAAUAGGCAUAUCCGAUAUACGGAGCAUACGCACCCAGACUUGGAACUGGCAAAGAGCAACAGUGAGUUUCAAAUUCCUCUGUAUUCCACACAAGCGAGCAGUCAUCAUGAAGAAGAGAUACUAGUGGCAGACACCUGUGAUCCACAACUGUCCCCUGUACCAAAUAAACCGAGGAUGGGAGGUUAUCCUGUUCCAAAGCCAUCUUUUAACUUGGCUGCAGUUGUUGCAGAAACAAUUGGACUUGCUGUUCAGGAUGAAUCCGAGUCCCAGAGUGUCCUGAGUUCUCCCCACACUAGUACUGCUAUGAACCAGGCUCCAGAGGGCAUACGUUCUGAAGACUCCAGAAAACAUUCAGCUUCUGAAUCAAGAAAUGAAGACAACAGUUCAGGUCUUUCAGGUCCAUCUCAAAACACUCCACCACGUGUUGACUGGGAUUCUCAGGUAGUUUCUCCUGUUUUCGGAGCUUCUAGCAAUACGCGGAACAACUCAAGUACAAGUCAUGCACCUUGUAUUUUAGAUUCUAAUUCAAAGCCUAAUGUCAAAGUCAACCUCUUCAACAAUCCUUCCAGUUCCAGAUCUCAUAAAAAUAGGUCAAAAUCUGAAGAUGUUGCUUUUGUCGCACCACUGAAUCUUGGAACCGAAAUCAAUUCAGUUAUCAGCCAGGUCUCUAUCAACAGGCAAAUGGUCGUGAAAAAGAAUAGCAAUGAGGUUGUAACUUCUGUUGGAAACACUUGUGCAGCUAAAAAUGAGGUGAUCAAGAGUGAUUUCCUUUUCAUACACCAGAAGCAGCCAGAGGGAAGGUGUGCCAAGAGAAAGAAAGCUGAAGAUGAGCAUGCAAUUAGCUGUGAAAAUGCAUCUUUCAACAAAGAGAACUCUGUACCCUUUCGAUCAGAUAUUCAGCACAUGAAUGGGGAACACACAGGUGAUAAGCCCUUGGAUCUGUCUGAUCGCUUCUGCGGAGUUCGUUGUCAAGAGAAAAAACAAGGAAGUGAGGAGACCUGUAAAAAUAAACUGAAGCAGGUGACUCUGUAUGAUGUUUUUUUGCAGCUAGGGAAGCCCAUUCAUGAGGGUUCAUCGUCAGUUCAGAAUGCCAACAGUGAGAGGAGCUUGUUUGGCAGAGAUAUGCAAGAGGAACCCUAUGUACAAGAGGCAGUGGUGGCAAAAACAUUUGCAGAUACAAAAAAGCAGGUCCAAAUGAAAGAAGAAGUCCCUCCCUUAAAAAUUACACCAUUGCCAAGUACUGUAGACACAGAACAACUUUUUAAUGAUAUGAAGGUUGCCAGUGACCAUGUACCAAACAGAAAGAAAACAAGGACAGGGCAUGGAGAGUCUGAGCCAGCAUCUGUACUUCAACCAAACCCUUGUAGACUAUCAAAAAAUAAAGUACAGCCGAAUGAGCAAGACCUGAAAGAAAAACCUUUAGAAAACCUUCAGUGGAGCAUAGACCCAGGAGCUGACCUUGCACAGUACAAAAUGGACGUCACUGUGAUUGAUACGAAGGAUGAUUCUCAAUCAAGAAUUGGAGGGGAAGUUGUUGAUAUGGAUUAUACGUAUGUUAGUGAAAAUGUGCUACUAAAAAUGAAAAAUCAAGAGCAAACCCAGGAAAGCAGUCCAAGAAGAGAAAAAAAAAUGAAUGAUACCAUAACAGAAAUGUUUGAUCGGACAGCUGAUGAAGAAUAUGAAUCAUGCCUACCAGAAGAUAGUCUUUCUGCGUGUGAUGAAAAAGAAACUGUGCAUGGUGAAGAGCAGAACAAAGAAAUAACAGUAGCAAGCAAGAAACUAAAGAAACAUGAGGAUAAACAAGAUAAAGCCAAACAGAAAGCUUUUGUGGAGCCAUAUUUCAAAAGCGAUGAAAGAAAGAAUACUAUGUUGGAUUUUCCUCAUAUUGAGGUGAUUCGAAAGAAAGAGGAAAGAAGAAAGUUGCCUGGCCAUACUUGUAAGGAAUGUGAAAUCUAUUAUGCAGAUAUUCCAGAAGAGGAGAGAGAAAAGAAGCUAGCUGCCUGUUCAAGACACAGAUUUCGCUACAUUCCACCGAAUACACCCGAAAAUUUCUGGGAGGUUGGAUUUCCUUCCACUCAAACUUGUAUGGAAAGAGGGUAUAUUAAAGAGGACGUCGCGCCCUGCCAACGUCCCAAAAGACGGCAGCCUUAUGCUGUAAUGUUCUCUCCAAAAGGCAAAGAGCAGAAGACAUAAAUGAUGGGGAAGUAAAGCAUACCAACCUGAAGAGCAUCUUUCCUGUCCUUAGAUAGAUAUUUAUAGUUAAUAUAAACUUGAAAUAGAGACCUGUUUUGCGCAAUGAUAAAUCAUUUCGUUAAAUAUGUAAAUUUUAUAAAAAUUCAUUUGAAAAUCUGAAGUAUCUACCAGGAAACCAAACUAUUUAAUGUAUGUUUGUUUCAUAUUGUUUAAUACAUUUUGUAUUGUUUUUUUGCACCUGUCAAACAAUGAGUCUUUUUCUUUUCUUUGAAGUCAACUGCUACAACUUCAGCAAAUCCCAUCUAAUCUUUUUGUUGUUGAGUAACUUCUUUGAAGUCACUGAGAUCACAGUUCUUCUUGCAAGGUCUAAGUGCCUGUCAGUGGGAACAGAGAUGCAGAUCUUGUAGGGUGCUUCCAUUUUGCACUGGAUUUUUAUAUAUAAACCUUUUCUUCUAGAAGUAAGUUUUAUCUACUUGUAAUAAAAGUGUAUUAAAUUGGAAAGGUAUCUACUGUUAAUAGUUUCGGAGCUAUAAAAACCUGUACAGUCUUUCUCUUUCUUAAAAUGAUGGUGUUAAAUGUACAGUGCCACAUUUCUUCGCUGUUUAAAUUAGAAUAUCCAGUUUUUCUUUU